GUUAAAUCAAGCUACCCCGCCGAGGUACUACCUCCAAAACAAAUGCAGAUGGCUCUCGAAGCGGUACGGAAGAGCUCAGCUGGCUGUGAGCGAGUUAAUACCGUCUUUUCUCCAAUGAGUGUGCUUGACAAGUCUCUAGUACAGACUAUGCACAAAACUAAGGUACCUGUACCUGUAGUUUACUCGAACCUGGCCUACAUUGUCGACGGAGUACUCCGAACCAACGAUACCAGCCCCGCAGAAUACCUGCUGAAUGCAUGUACGAAGUACAUAUUCGCGGACUGUGCGGAGCUAAGUACUUCGUGGUUAAUGCGACCAAAGGAGCUGGAACCUCCCCAAGACCCGGCCCUGUCGAAUCCCUCCGCAACUUUCUCCCACGAACCGCCUCUACUCUUUGCUCCUCACACCAUUCUUCGGCCUUGCGCAUUACCUUGCGGUAUGCCCUAUUAUUUCUUCACCUCAAUGUCAGGCAUGCGAACAGCUCACUCCCGUUUACGACUUUCUCGGAACACGCGAGCCCUUCUUUCAAUCUAGCUUGCCCCAGUCGCACGGCAAUUCUUCCACCCUCACCACCCUCACCACCCUCACAACCCUCACAACCCUCACAACUGCCCACAAACACCAGACAAGGUUGGCUUCUCCUAUUCAUGUUUCCUGCCACGUUGGGGUCUUGUGAUUACCUGAGUGGCCGGUUUUCUCUUUCGUUUUCUAACCUCCACGCUCCUGUCUUCUUGUUCAGGCCCUCCUACCUCCCACGCAUCUGCG